AUGGAACCCGCCGUGGUGCAGCCGCCGCCGCAGUACAUCGUCUUCGACCUCUCCGGCGCGGGCCUCCGAUGCUUCAGUCCACCCCCGGCAGCCGAACACACCGGCGUUCCGCUUGGCACCCAGGCCAUGGGCUUGGAGGCGCUUCACCGGACACGGCUGUCUCGCGCCGGCCUCGCAACCAGAGACACGGUGAUGGCCCGGAGUGUUCCUGCGGAAACCAGUGAUCCAGACACCGUGUCGGACGCAUUCACGUCUGGUGUUCAGGUGGCAGAGGAGUCCGAGGACGAAGCGGAUAGCUUCGAUGCGUUUCUCUGUCAAGAGACCUUUGCGAGAAAGAUUGAGGCGCUGGCUGAGCUGGUAGGUAUAAAGGGCGCCCACGAACCUGUGUCUGUCCUGGGUGAAGUUGUUAAGGUGCUCCAGUCGAUAGAUAUGAAGAGGGAGUGUUCCCUAUUUACUCUAUGA